UCUAUGCGCCUGCUUCUCACAUUAAUACGCUAGGACUACGAGGUCACGGACAGAGCCGGCACUACAGACAGAGGUCGGAUCGGAGGUGUUUUAAUUGACAUGGAUGAGUCACUGCGAGGAGAUCAUAUGCUCAGGAGUCACAGUGAUGAGGCUAUUGUUGACCAUGGCAAGACAAGAUCAGCCCUACACACCAACUUUGAGACUGAAGAACUAGAGGGUCACAGGGCAGUGUAUGUAGGGGUGCACGUCCCUUUAGGAAAGGAGAACAGACAUAGACGCCGACACCGAGGACACCGACAUCAUCGCAGAAGGAACAAAGACAGAGACUCUGAUCAUGUGGGCGGUGAGAGAGAAUAUCUCACAAAUGACACACCAUCUCAGCGGGUGCAGUGUAUUCUGGGUACUGAAGAUGAUGAUUUGGAACACAUUCCUCAUGAUCUCUUCACUGAGCUGGAUGAACUUUCUGUUCGAAACGGCAACUCAGAGUGGAGAGAGACUGCCAGAUGGUUGAAGUUUGAGGAGGAUGUGGAAGAUGGAGGGGAGAGAUGGAGUAAACCCUACGUAGCUACGCUGUCUCUGCACAGUCUGUUUGAGCUGCGCAGCUGCAUCCUAAAUGGAACUGUGAUGCUGGACAUGAGGGCCGACUCCAUCGAGGACAUUGCAGACAUGGUGAUAGACAGCAUGGUGGCGUCAGAGCAGCUGGAUGAAUCUCUGAGGCCAAUGGUGCGAGAAGCCAUGCUGAAACGCCAUCAUCACCAGAAUGAGAGAAGGCUCAGUAAUCGUUUUCCCCUGGCUGUGCGCUCGCUUGCUGAUAUAGGCAAGAAACACUCAGAGCCACUGUUACUGGAGCGCAGUGGUGAUGGCCUGUCUGCCUCCCGUAACUCCCUUCUGAAACUGGGCGGCUCCAUUUCCAACCUGUCCCAGAGAAGCGAGUCACGUGUCUCCAUGCUUCUAAACCACCUGAUACCUGGUCCUGCCCAGGAGUCCUUUCUCAGUUCCACCCCACAGAGCACCCCACCACUCCACCACUCCGAAUCCACCCACAGAGCCGCCCCAGUCCAUCUGGAUAUCCCUGAGGUUGUGGUGUCACCGCCCGAGGAUGAUGAAGAGUCUGCAGAGGAAGACGUCAAUCACAGAGCUCAUGAAGGUCCAUUGAUGUCUGCUUCAUCUCCUGGAUCUGUGGAUCCAGGCAGACUGAGUGAAAACAGAACAGUCAAAUCAAGCAAUAGCAGAGAUGGCAGCAUUAUAGAUCUUAGCAAGGUGGAUAUGAACUUUAUGAAGAAGAUUCCUCCAAACGCCGAGGCUUCCAACGUGCUGGUUGGUGAAGUGGAUUUUCUGGAGCGGCCCAUCGUAGCCUUUGUUCGUCUCUCGCCCGCUGUACUGCUCACAGGACUCACAGAAGUGCCUGUGCCAACCAGGUUCUUGUUUCUGUUGCUGGGGCCACAUGGAAAAGGAGCUCAGUACCACGAGAUUGGGCGCUCCAUGGCUACGCUGAUGACAGAUGAGAUAUUCCAUGACGUGGCGUACAAAGCUCGGGACCGGGUGGAUCUGCUUUCUGGUAUCGAUGAGUUUUUAGACCAGGUGACUGUUUUACCUCCGGGAGAGUGGGACCCCACCAUCCGCAUCGAACCCCCCAAGAAUGUCCCGUCACAGAUUAAGAGAAAGAGGCCGUCACAGCCCAACGGCACAGUGACUCCUACUGAGCUGAACCAAGAGGAGGAACACCACACUGGACCUGAGCUACAGAGGACUGGACGGAUCUUUGGUGGGCUGGUAGAAGAUAUAAAGCGUAAAGCUCCGUUCUACUUGAGUGAUGUGGUGGACGGGUUCAGUCUGCAGUGUGUGGCGUCUGUACUGUUCCUCUACUGCGCCUGCAUGUCUCCUGUUAUCACGUUUGGAGGACUGCUGGGAGAAGCCACCAAGAGCAACAUUAGUGCUAUUGAAUCGUUGUUCGGAGCAUCUCUGACAGGCGUGGCAUUCUCUCUUUUUGCUGGGCAGCCCCUCACAAUCCUGGGCAGUACAGGACCUGUACUCGUCUUUGAAAAGAUUCUCUUCAAGUUCUGCGAGGAUUAUGAGAUGUCCUAUCUGUCUCUACGAGCCUGUAUUGGUCUGUGGACGGCGUUCCUCUGUAUUGUUCUGGUUGCUACAGAUGCCAGCUCACUGGUGUGUUACAUCACACGGUUCACAGAGGAAGCGUUCGCCGCGCUCAUCUGCAUCAUUUUCAUCUAUGAAGCUCUGGAGAAACUACUGCACUUGGGACACACGUAUCCCAUCAACUCACACAUCGAACUGGAUAACCUCACACUCUACAGUUGUCAGUGCUCAGCUCCCAGUCAAGCUCCCAAUGAGACCCUGCAGGUUUGGAACUCCACAGGGUACACCUCAGAUUCAGUACCAUGGAAUCAGCUCAAUGUUUCGAUGUGUAACUUCCUGCAUGGUGAGUUUGUAGGCCCAGCAUGUGGAAGCCAUGGACCCUUCAUCCCUGAUGUGCUUUUCUGGUCCGUCAUCCUCUUUUUUACCACAUUCUUUCUCUCCUCCUUGCUCAAGCAAUUCAAAACAGAGAGAUACUUCCCCACCAAGGUGCGGUCCACUAUAAGUGACUUUGCAGUAUUUUUGACUAUAAUGGUGAUGGUUUUGGUGGAUUAUCUAGUGGGAAUUCCAUCUCCAAAGCUCAACGUGCCUGAUCGCUUUGAGCCCACAUCUAAGCACCGUGGCUGGCUGAUCUCUCCUCUGGGUGAUAACCCCUGGUGGACGGCAUUGAUAUCUGUGGUUCCUGCUCUCCUCUGCACCAUCCUCAUAUUCAUGGAUCAGCAGAUCACUGCCGUCAUCAUCAACCGCAAGGAGCACAAACUCAAGAAAGGAUGUGGUUAUCAUCUAGACCUGCUGGUGGUGUCUAUAAUGUUGGGCGUAUGUUCGGUGAUGGGGUUGCCAUGGUUUGUGGCAGCCACUGUGCUCUCCAUAUCACAUGUAAACAGCCUGAAGCAGGAGUCAAGCUGCUCGGCGCCAGGGGAACAGCCCAAAUUUCUGGGUAUUAGGGAACAGCGGCUCACAGGGGUGCUCAUCUUCACCCUCAUGGGCUGCUCCGUCUUCAUGACCUCUGCACUGAAGUUCAUUCCAAUGCCAGUGCUGUAUGGAGUUUUCCUCUAUAUGGGUGCCUCCUCUUUGAAAGGCAUACAGUUCUUUGACAGGAUAAAGCUGUUUGGCAUGCCGACCAAGCAUCAGCCGGAUCUGAUCUACCUGCGUUACGUGCCGUUGUGGAAGGUUCAUGUGUUCACGUUGGUGCAGCUCACCUGCCUCGUGCUGCUGUGGAUCAUCAAAGCGUCUUCUGCUCGUGUCAUCUUCCCCAUGAUGGUGCUGGCGCUGGUGUUCGUUCGUAAGCUUCUGGAUUUCUGCUUCACUAAAAGAGAGCUGAGUUGGCUGGAUGAUUUAAUGCCUGAAAGCAAGAAGAAGACAGAAGAUGAUAAAAAGAAAAAGAAUGCUAAACAGGAAGCUGAGCAGACGACAGAGGAAGAAGAUGAGACAGCACUGGCAUACACAGAAGAAGGAGGAAGGAACACACUGAAGAUCCCUCUGCACUCACACAGUGGCAGUCAGGAGAAGGUGGCAUGUGUUAGGCUGAACGUGGAAGGAGCCCAGGGUGGGCGAGGAGAGGCGAACGUUGAGACGGCCCUGUAGAGACAGCAUUCCUUCCUUCCUUCUUUAUGAAGCACUUCCCAAAGUCAACGCUGGAGCAUAGCAGGAAACGUCAGCCACUCGACUCUGGGUCACCGGAGCCCCCUGCUGUAUUGUAGUACAGAGUACUGAAUACUGACCGAAAGCACAGGUGUACAUGAAUGUACUCAUUAAUACUAAACAACCAGCCACAGAACAGACUGUAACUACACAAUAGAUUUCCUAAUUCAUAUGCUUAUUUUUAUUUUGC